AUGCGCGAUAAACGAAGUCGUUUGGUGGUUCAUCCCUCCCCGCACCCACACUUUGGCGGUCUGUGGGAGGCAGUCGUCAAACCUGCCGAAAACCACCUGUUGCCCGAAAUCGGCCAUGCCAAUAUCACCUAUGAGGACAUGUGUACUCUAUUGGCACAGAUAGAGAAAUGCCUUUACUCUAGACCCCUAGUUCUCAUUCCAACCGACCCAGCAGAUCUGGAAGUUUUGACCCCAGGACAUUUCCUGGUCGGAACAAGCCUUCAAGCCGUCCCGGAUUACAAUCUGUGCGAUAUCCCGGACAACCGUCUGACCCACUUUGAGUUGACCCAGAAACGAUUCCAACGGAUUUGGUCUCGCAGGUACCGUGGUGGUUAUCAAGGACGACAACUUGCCACCUAUCCAAUGGCCGCUCGGAAGGACCACACCAAGGUUCAUCCGGGCAAAGACGGAGUGGUUCGUGUCGUCACCCUGAAAACUCCAACAACCGAAGCAGUCGUUCAUCCUGUCGCAAAGAUUGCAAUUCUACCAAUGCCGGAGAACAAUCAUCUGGAUUCUGAAGAAUGA